CCGCGGCCAGUGCGGAGCGAAGGGCGUCGGGCUGUCAGGUGUGCGGGGAGGGGCGGCCGUGCCCCUCGCGGACUCUGCGUUUGGAGGGAGCACGCCUGCAGCCUCGCGGCCCGCGUCCGACGGAGACGGCAGGCCCACGUCUCGCAUCCCAUCUGAUGUUAGCGGUGUCCCCUCCCGGCCCAAGUUUUUAAAUUCUUGGGGGCACCAGACCAAGGAACAAGUGGUCAAGUACAGAAAGUGGCCGCCGUCGGCGAGGCCGUGUGGCCGCCGAGGUUCAUUUCGUUCUUUGGGAAACGUGAGACUCCGGGUGUUGGCUCCAGUGCUCAGGAUGACGACUUCAGGCGCUCUGUUUCCAAGCCUGGUACCAGGCUCCCGUGGGUCCUCCAACAAGUAUUUGGUGGAGUUUCGGGCAGGAAAAAUGUCAUUAAAAGGAACUACCGUCACCCCAGACAAAAGGAAAGGGCUCGUGUACAUUCAGCAGACGGAUGACUCCCUCAUUCACUUCUGCUGGAAAGACAGGACAUCUGGGAACGUGGAAGACGAUUUGAUCAUCUUCCCCGAUGACUGUGAGUUCAAGCGUGUGCCACAGUGCCCCAGCGGGAGGGUCUACGUGCUCAAGUUCAAGGCGGGGUCCAAACGGCUCUUUUUCUGGAUGCAGGAACCCAAGACAGACCAGGAUGAGGAGCAUUGCCGGAAAGUCAAUGAGUAUCUGAACAACCCACCGAUGCCUGGAGCGCUGGGGGCGAGUGGGAGUGGAGGCCAUGAGCUGUCUGCACUGGGCGGCGAGGGUGGUCUGCAGAGCCUGCUGGGGAACAUGAGCCACAGCCAGCUCAUGCAGCUCAUUGGACCUGCUGGCCUCGGAGGACUGGGUGGGCUGGGGGCCCUGACUGGGCCAGGCCUGGCCAGCUUAUUGGGGAGUGGAGGGCCUCCAGCGAGCAGCUCUUCAUCCAGCUCCCGGAGCCAGUCGGCAGCGGUCACCCCGUCCUCCACGGCCUCUUCUGCCCGUGCCACCCCAGCCCCUUCUGCUCCAGCAGCUGCCUCGGCAACCAGCCCGAGCCCCGCGCCCAGUUCAGGUAAUGGAACCAGCACGGCAGCCAGCCCAACCCAGCCCAUCCAGCUGAGCGACCUCCAGAGCAUUCUAGCCACUAUGAACGUGCCGGCCGGGCCAGGAGGUGGCCAGCAAGUUGACCUGGCCAGCGUCCUGACGCCUGAGAUCAUGGCACCUAUCCUCGCCAACGCAGACGUCCAGGAGCGCCUGCUGCCCUACCUGCCCUCUGGGGAGUCGCUGCCACAGACCGCAGAGGAGAUCCAGAACACGCUGACCUCCCCCCAGUUCCAGCAGGCUCUGGGCAUGUUCAGCGCAGCCUUGGCCUCGGGGCAGCUGGGCCCUCUCAUGUGCCAGUUUGGGCUCCCUGCAGAGGCCGUGGAGGCUGCCAACAAGGGUGAUGUGGAAGCAUUUGCCAAAGCGAUGCAGAGCAGUGCCCGGCCGGAGCAGGAGGGCGGGAAGGACAAGAAGGACGAAGAGGAGGACAUGAGCCUGGACUGAGUGGCCGGCGGCCUCCCGCGGGGCCUCAGCUGUCAGCGGGCAGAGGGUCCCGCACACCCUGCCCGUCCCAGCUCGCUAAGAAAUAAAAGUCUUGUCUUUUACCUGC